AUGGGAAGAAGACCAGCAAGGUGUUAUCGGCAAAUUAAGGGCAAGCCUUAUCCAAAGUCCCGUUUCUGUCGUGGUGUACCUGAUUCCAAAAUCAGAAUUUACGACGUUGGAACAAAGAAGAAAGGUGUCGAUGAAUUCCCCUUUUGUGUGCACUUGGUUAGUUGGGAGAAAGAAAAUGUUUCGAGUGAGGCACUAGAAGCUGCACGAAUUGCCUGCAACAAAUACAUGGCUAAAUUUGCCGGAAAGGAUUCUUUUCACCUCAGAGUGAGGAUUCACCCUUUCCAUGUUCUGCGUAUAAACAAAAUGUUGUCUUGCGCUGGAGCCGAUAGGCUCCAAACUGGCAUGAGGGGCGCUUUCGGUAAGCCACAAGGAACUUGUGCACGAGUAACAAUUGGUCAAGUCCUCCUCUCGGUUCGCUGCAGGGAUGCAAGUAGUCAGCAUGCACAGGAAGCUUUGCGUCGUGCAAAGUUCAAGUUUCCAGGUCGUCAGAAAAUCAUUAUCAGCAAAAAAUGGGGGUUCACUAAGUUCAACAGGACCGAUUAUGUGAAAUAUAAAGCAGAGAAUCGUAUUAUACCAGAUGGGGUCAAUGCAAAGUUUCUUAACUGUCAUGGGCCUUUAGCUGAGAGGGAACCUGGAAGAGCAUUCUUACCUGGAACUUAG